GGUCGCGGCUGUCCAGGAUGCCAGUGCAGUGAGGUGCGGUGUGCCCAAGAUGCUCGAGAGGCUGUACCAGCGGCGAUUCAGGUCUGUGGCAGAGACUACGACGGCAGCGCUACUUGUAUCCGGGCAACGAGAAGGGUGGCCGCUCAACAGCGAGCACACGAUUGGAUUCCGUCGAUGCUGGGAAGGGCAAAGCGGUUUCGACCAGUGCAGGAGCGAUUCACGGUGACUCUUGCAGUCUUUAUUUGCGUUUGGCCUGAGAGACGACGGGCGGAAGACAGGUGUUUGUCGGCUCGAGCCCUGAGACGGAUGGCGGGCGGAUGGUGUGUGGAUCGACGGCAGGUUGGGUUCGCAAAGAAGCAAAAGCUUGAGCUGGGAAGAAAACCGAAGGCGCUAUUUGUGAGGGCGAGGACGAGAGCGCGGCGAGAGAGGGCGAGGGGGUACAGAGAGACGCUUGUAUCACGCGCAGUCACACAUCGGCAUUGUGCUCCGAACGUGGCCACCGCCUGGCUUGCCACAUGCCAGUCGAACCGGCAGGGCGUGGUGCCUUCUGGUGCUCAUGGCCUCGGCGGUCCAGCAGACCCAUCGACCGGCCGGCUGCCCUGCCUGGGCCGACUGCUUGCUGGCACCGCAUCUGGCAUUGCGCCUGCCUUCACCAGGGAGACAGGGGAGGCAGAAAAGAAGACGACAGCUGAAUGUAUGCGGCGUCUCAGAGUCCAUCCUGCCGAAGCAAAAUUGGAUGUCGCUCUAGAGAUUCAGAGGAGCAAUGGGCCCGGAGGCAUAGCAGCGAGCCGACAGCCGGAGGGAAGCGCCGGAUACGGCAUGCGCGAGGUCGGCGGAGCAACGCGGCAGCUAUCGAUGGCUUAAGCGCUGGCCGCUGUCUCGGCGCGAUCAAGCCUAUUGGAUCAAGCCUAUUGGAUCAAGCCUAUUGGAUCAAGCCUAUUGGCCAUGGCUCGCGUUCAAAAAAUCGUCUGGAGCGGAAGGGGAGCAAAAGUAGAGGAGAGGCGGCAAGGCAGAGCGCGCUGGGUGGG